UCCGUGCCGGUGCCCCGCAGCGCGUCCCCGCCCCGCCGCGCCCCCGUUCCGUUGCCGUUGGCGGAGAUGGCGGCGGGGCUGCCGGUGCUCGUCCUGCUGCCGGCUCUCCUCGCCGGGCUCCUGUCGCGUCCCGGCGCCGCUGCGAGUGUGCCGCCUGCAUGCGACAUGUAUGGUGUGCCUGGAUGUCCAAGGGACUACAAUCCGGUUUGUGGGACCGAUGGAGAGACCUACUCAAAUGAGUGUGUGCUCUGCCUUUCAAACAGUGAAAAUAAAAAGAAUGUCCAAAUUUAUAAGAGGGGAACAUGCUGAUAUGUCAGAUGGCACCUUAUGAAGAAAAUGGGAGGAACAAAGCCAGUUCAAAUAGAAACAAUACUUUGAAUUGUACCUUUUAUGUAGUCUGUCUUAAUAAAUAACUUUGCCUGUUUAAACAA